AUGACUACUACACUAGUGACUAUUACUCGUAUAGCAGCAACAUCAGAAAAUGCUGAAGAUAAAAUAUUAGAAAGUCUUCGACGCGAUGGUGUGGCAAUUGUCACUGGAAUGUUUUCGAAAGAUCAUAUUGAUCAAGUAAUAAAAGAUCUUGCACCUCAUUUUAAUUCCGAUGUUAUCGAUAAAUCAGGCUUCUUUCCAUCGACUACACAACGAGCAACAGGUUUAUUCGCGAUUUCUCGUGCAUGUAUAGAUAUAGCUAUGCAUCCCUUAUUUCUAUCUGUGGCUAAUCGUUUACUUACAUCUACAUACACUUUUUAUGUUGGUUCAGAAAAAAAAAUUGCUAGUUCGAAACCAAUUAUUUCAUCGACUGUUGGCUUUCGUGUCAAUCCCCGUGGGAAACAACAAGGACUUCAUCGUGAUUGCAGUGAUUAUCAUAGUCGACCAUGCGAUCGGCCAGUAAUGAUUGGUUGUGUAACUGCUCUAACACGUACACAUAAGAAUAAUGGAGCAACGAUUGUUAUUCCUGGUUCACAUUUAUGGGAAGACGAAGAUCGUAUACCAUUGGUAGAAGAAGCGGUACCUGCUGAAUUAGAACCUGGUGAUGCGACGAUCUUUGUAGGAAAUCUUUAUCAUGCAGGAGGAGCCAAUAUUACUCAAGAUGAAUGGCGUGAAACGAUAGGUAUAUUUAUGGUGAAAGGAUUCUAUCGACAAGCAGAAAAUCAGUAUCUCAUGGUACCACCUGAACGAUGCAAGGAACUUCAGUUAAGUCCUGCAGAACUACGUGUACUUGGCUAUGGAAUUUCAGAACCAGCUUGUGGUUUUGUCAAAUAUAAGGAUCCAAUGGAAUCGAUUUUUGGAAUUAUUGAUGAAGAAACUGUUAGACUGUAG